UCUGGGCGGGGCUGUCUCUUUCUUCCCUCUCAAAACAAUCAGUGGGAGAAUCCAACGGUCAUCUCCCGGUUCCUAGAAAAGCAACCGGAUGAUAGGGAGGGACGUUACUGUGAUUGACAGCACGAAGACCCAACAGGAUAGAUUGCCGGGAGGCGUUUCUCCAGAAAUAGUGGAUGAGGGGGGAGAAGGCACCGAAUAUCCUAGUGAGCCGAGACCAGACCGCCGCCACUGCCCUUGAGAUGGGAGGGAUUAAUUACGCGAAACCGGGAAGGGCGGUGCCGGCUGACGAAGAGGCUGACGACGCGGAGUCCUCCUGGGAGGAGCUGCCCACGCCGCCGCAGUCGCCGCCCCCGCCCGCCGGCACCGGCUUGAGCCCGGACAGCGCCGCUGGGAGCUCACGGGGCGGGCGAGCCAUGCUGGGCGCGGGCGGAGGCGCGGGCGCCAAGGGAGCCAAGCCCUCCUUCGUGUCCUACCUCGGCCCCCAGGAAGUACACACAAGAGAAACCAUAAAUCCUCACUUGUUGCCAGGUGAAUUGCUGCUUUGUGAAGCAAACAUGGUUUUAAAGUACAUACAAGAUGAUGGAUCCAGUCGUGGCACCUGUGGGAAACUUAUUUGCACAAACUUCAAGAUCUCAUUCCUUGGCGAUGAAUCUGCUUUGGAUGAUGUAAGAAAUCUUCAUCUUCAUCUUGAACCACAAUUCAAGAAUAAAAUCAUUGGGGAAAAUGACAUCACUCUUCAAUGUGUAGACCAGCUUUAUGGAGUUUAUGAUGAGAAAAAGAAAUCUCUCUAUGGUCAGUUGAGAAAAUACCCAGAGAAAAUAAUAAUCUACUGCAAGGAUCUCAGGGUGUUUCACUUCUGUUUGAGGUACACCAAGGAAGAAGAAGUAAAAAGGAUCGUCAGUGGCAUAGCUCAUCAAGCACAGACUCCUAAGCUAUUUAAACGGUUGUUUCUGUUCUCUUAUGCAACAACUGUACCUGCACAGAAUAAUACAGAAUUAAAGAAUCAAACAGUGAUGUUUGAUUCUGUUAAGGACUGGCGUCAAGAGUUGGAGCGGACGAAAGGGAAUCUGAAAUUCAAAGCAAUGAGUGUCAAUGAAGGCUACAAAGUCUCUAAAAAAUUGCCACCAUAUUUUGUUGUUCCCAUGACUGUCUCUGAAGAGAGCAUUUUGCGGUAUCAAGGAAGAGGAAUUCCAAUUUGGUGCUGGUCUUGCCAUAAUGGUGCUGCUCUUCUUAAAAUGUCUGCUUUGCCCAAAGAACAAGAUGACAGCACUUCACAAAUGUAUAAAACCUUCUUGGAUGGAAUGUAUAAAAGUAUUGAUAAGCCUCCUUACGAAGCCAUGAAAGCUGAUGACCUUUCGAGCAGUCUUCCACCCCUUCAAGAGAUCCAAAUUGCAUACACUCGAUUUAAACAGCUGUUUCUAGUAGAUAACAGUGCAGAUUUCUGGGAUACUGAUGUAAAAUGGUUUUCACUAUUGGAGAGUACAAACUGGCUAGAAACUGUAAGGCGAUGUCUGAGAAAAGCAGUAGAGGUUACCGAGUCACUAGAAGCACAGAAUAUAAAUGUUCUUCUUAUAGAGGAGAAUGCUUCUGACUUGUGCUGUGUGAUCUCCAGUCUGGUUCAGGUUAUGAUGGAUUCAUACUACAGAACUAAGCUGGGAUUUCAGAGUCUUCUCCAGAAGGAAUGGAUCAUGGGAGGACAUGCUUUCUUGGAUCGAUGUAACCAUCUGCGGCAAAGCGAUAAAGAGGAGGCACCAGUUUUCUUGUUCUUCUUGGAUUGUGUUUGGCAGCUACUUCAACAGUAUCCACAAGCAUUUGAGUUUACAGAGACCUAUUUAACUGUCUUGUCAGAUAGCCUGUAUAUACCUAUAUUUAGUACCUUCUUCUUCAACUCUCCACAUCACAAAGACACUACCACGUAUGGGGGGAACCUUGAAGCACAAGGCAGCCCUCUUAAUUAUCUUUCAGUCUGGGACUGGUCUGUACAGUUUGAAUCUGAGGCCCAGGCUUUGCUUAAUAACCCUCUUUAUGCAGAGAAGUUGAAACUAAGUCAGAGGAAAACUUCACGGUUCAAGCAUCAACGGCAGCUUUCUUUGCCACUAACUCAAACAAAGCCGCCUCCAAAAAGAGGCUUUUUUAAGGAAGAAACUGAUCAAUUAAUUAAAAACAUUCUGGGCAAAAGAAUCAGUAAGCUAAUAACGUCUUCUGAUGAGCUUCAGAGUAACUCCAGAGAGUUCUAUGACAGUUGGCACUGUAAACCAGUUGAUCUCCAUGGACUCCUGCUGCCACGCCUAGAAGGGCCAGAAAUCAAAGUGUGGGCACAGAGGUAUUUACGAUGGAUCCCUGAAGCACAACUCCCAGGUGGUGGCACAGUUGCCACUGCAACAAAAGUCUUGGAUGUGAUGGAGGACGUGCAGAGCUUGCAGAAGAAAGUGGAUGAAAGACAGAGUCAAAUUGUCUCUGAAGAGAACACAGAAGCAUCUCCGUUUGUGAGAAAUCCCGCACGUUUGUCUUCCUUAUUUCCAUUUGCUUUGCUUCAGAGACAUUCCUUCAAACCAGUUUUACCUACCAGCACUUGGAAAGACUUGGAAGGCGAGGCAGACUUGGCCAGAAGAGAUGAUGAAUUUGUUGACUUGGGUGAUGUUUGAUGUGAAGCUAAACUGCAGAACAGAAAGUGCUGGCACACGUAUCUAUAUGCUUGUAAAAUAUGAUGGGUUUCCCUUCUAACUAAAACUGGCUGAAUUGUUAGGAUAGGAAGAUCUCCUCCACCUGUUAAGAAACAGCCAGAUCACUUUCAGUCAAGCACAGUUGAACCAUAGGCAUGGGUAGUCAAUAGCUGUGUUCUGGAGGGCCUUUUUGAAGUACAACCAUUUGUUUAAUCAUGAACACAUAAGGUGCUGAAGCAUAAAGGUGGUCAUCUCCAAUAAAGGCACAUGGAGCAAAGGGAGACAUAUGUCCCUGGGCAGUGGGGUGGGUGGGUGGAUUAAGGGGGCAUCCCCUUGCACCUCUUCCCCUGCCACACUUCCUCCCUUUAUCAAAGUCGGGCAUGGCUGGCAUUGGUGGGUGGAACGCAGUGGCGGUGGCCUGACCCUGGGCUGCCAGCCAGCUCACUACACCCCGGCUCAAAUAUUUGGCAUAAUUCUGAAAUGACCGAGAUGGGUUAUCUUUUAGGUACAUCUUAAUGUAUAGAAGGAGCUCCACUGUUGAGUAAAACAGACCUUUAAGGAAGAAAUUAAGUGUUUGGUUUUUUUAAAGAAUGAUUUGAGCUUGCCUUCAUAUCAGACCACCUCAAAUAUAAGCUGGAGGGAUACUAGGUGUAUUCUCUUUAUCAUGCACCCCCCUCGGUAGGAUUAUUCAUUCUCUGCAGCAUUGUAGAUCUCCGUAGAGCUGUGUUAAACUGGCCCUCUUAGAGUUCCAUAACUUAAGGUCACAGUCUCUUCUGCUUCACCUGCCUCUUAUUCCCUCACAUGCAUUAUCCUGCUGUUCUGGGAAUGGGGUCCUAAUUGCUUGCUGCUGAAUACAAGAGGAGUUAGAACUUGGAGAUGUCAGUAAGCCAAAAUAUGUUUGCAUGGAGUGCUUAUUUUGAUCUUCCUCACUGCCAUUAGUUUGCACUGAGUCUUGAGUCCUUCUGUUAAGAAGGGCAGCUAAAGAGUUGUAUUCAGUUAUGAAACUGGAUUGAAGUCCAGUACUACUGCUUUUUAUAAAUUUGGCAUUAAAGCGAACUAUGAAUGUAGAAGUUGUUGUUUGAAAUUGGGCUGCUGUAUUUUGUCAUAGCAGUACCUCAGUUAUAAAGCCAUAUGAGAAAUAUGUCUUCUCUGUAUAUACUAAGCAGAUAAUUGUUCUUUGAAACUGACUUUUCUACUCUUCUAUAAAGUUACAUGGUCAGUCAUACUUAAAUCCAGAAAUGGCCCACAAGGUAGAACUGACCACAAGCCUCUCUUUGUGGAGGACUGAAGCUUAAUACUAUACCAGUGGUGACUGAAUUAUCCUCCUAUAGUUCUGUUGCAAAUCUUAAGCAUUGCCUUGCAUUACAUUCUUGUGCACAGCACACUGAAUUUGCUUGUCUAUGUUGCUGAGAGCUAAGACCAAGUAUCUCAACAUGAGAUGUUUCUGAAGGAGUGGAUAACAAAUUGGUGCAUGUGAAUGCCAAAAGGAAACCUCCAAAGUCCUUGUUGCCUUAUGAAUCUUAAUAUUGUGGGCUCCUUGAACCGUUGGUAUUUUUGAAAGACAACGUCUAAUUUGUAUAUGAGCCUUCUUAAAGCUAACAUUGCACACUUUUUUUCCUUCAAAUUGCUUCAUUUAUGUAACAGUCCCUCUGUGGUUAGUACAUAUUGUAUGUUAUAGGGGCUUAGACUAUUUAAGUUCACUUUUUUAAAAAGAACACUACUCUUAGGCUUAAUUUUUUGUAACAUUGACAGAUGAUCAGUUGUAAUAUUUCGGUCAUAGAAAUGUAUUUAUAUCUAAGCUGUCAGCUAUUGUCUAUAGGAAAUUCUCUAAUGGAUGUAUGGAAGUAUUUUUAUAAUAGCUUAUUGAAUUGCUCUACUCUAACGGGAAAGGGCAUGCAGUUGUUGAGAAUGCCGCACUGUAGGAUUGGAAAUGUAUUUAACUUACUGAACUAAUUUUCCUGGUAUUCUAUGUUUACUUCCAGUUUUUACACUGAAUGGAAGCUUAUAGCUUGAACAGUUCUUUUAAGGAAAAUCUUCCUACUAACUCUUAAUAGACUAUUUGGAUGAAUGCAUUUGUUAAUAAAAUGUACUUUUAUUAUUUUUAACAUGAAAA